AUGGACGAGGAAAUUGACCUCUGCGACGUCGACAAAUUAAGAACCGGCCUCCAGACCUCUAAAUCUGGCCCUGACCGCUGGCGACAACUGAUUCCACAGCAUUGUCGCGCGCAUUCAGACUGCGUGUUGAUACGGAACCCCUUUGUCAAUGUCCUCUCGGAGGAUGUCCGAGGGACCGGUCGCCUCGUGUUUCGGGUCUCUAAAUGCGUUUGCUUCGUCGAUUCUUCAGUCUGCGAACAUAACAAGCGUGCGUUGUUCGUCCACGUCUCAACCGAGAGCGUCCGAAUUAGGAACGUAAAAGGGCUUGGAGCUUCGGUGGUGACGAGCUCAGAGGAUUUUGCCAGCGAUGGGGCAUUGUCGCGCGCGGCGUGCCAGCCCCGCCAUGUCAGUCAGCACACUGGCAAGCAUACGGAGCGCCCACUCCAG